AUUGCCAUUAAGAAAAUCACCAUUGCACAUUACUUCAGUCGCAAUGAAUUGGCCAGUCAUCCAAGUCCUGCUGGUUCUCACUUGUGGGUUGUGUAUUUUGGCGGUUGAUAAAAAUGAGCUGAGUGGUGUUAUGCCGACCGACGGGGAACGCGAGGUCUGCGAAAGAAACGCAGGAGAAAAGGAAGUGGAAGACGUCAAAAAGGACAGACCACGUUCCUGUCAUGUCGUCUGCACUUAUGAAGAUGGAUCAGAAAACACGUACAACUCUCCCGACGGACAGCUGUGUUGUGACAUGGUCGGCGUGGGACCCACCGGGACAUGCAAAGAUGGAAAAUGUGACUUAGGCAAACUAUGAGAGAUCUUCUGCUUCACAAGACAGCGCACGAUAACUAUUUCACUAUUUGGGAAAAAAAUAAAUAAAAUUUCAAAACUGCA